UUUAAUUUGUAGCCUCCUCCUUAACUUAAGCAUAAGAAUAAGUGGUCAGGUGCAUGUUUGCUUUGACCAGAAACUCUGCUUCUAAUGGCAAUUACGUUGGGUGAAGGAGCUUCUUCAUCUUCUGGUUUUGACCGUGGAUGGACUUAUGAUGUGUUCUUGAGUUUCAGAGGUGAAGAUACAAGGAGAAGCUUUACAGGAUUUCUGUAUCAUGGUUUGUGCCAAAGGGGUAUCAAUGUUUUCAUUGAUGAUGAGAAGCUCAGGAGAGGGGAAGACUUAUCCCCUGCUCUUCUUGGAGUCAUUCAAGAGUCUAGAAUUGCCAUCAUUGUCUUCUCUCAAAACUAUGCAUUCUCCACAUGGUGUCUUGAUGAACUUGCAAAGAUCAUUGACUGUUACAAAACCAGAGGGCAACUUGUGUGGCCAGUUUUCUUCCAUGUCGACCCUUCUGUGGUGCGCCAUCAGAGAGGAACUUUUCAAACAGCAAUGGCCCAACAUGAAGUCAGAUUCAUGGGUAAUGUCCAAAAGCUGCAGAAGUGGAAGAAAUCCUUGUUUGAAGCAUCCAAUUUCUCAGGUUGGACCUUAGAAAACGGGUAUGAAUUUCAGAUAAUCCAAGAUAUCGUUGAGGAGGCCUCUAGAAAGUUAAGCCACACCAUUUUGCACAUUGCUGAAUACCCAGUUGGAAUAGAGACUCGUAUAUCAGAAGUGAUGCCUCUUUUGCAGAUUGNACGAAUUAAAUCAAUAAGCUUCCCUUACCUGGAUCAAAACGAACGUCUAGAGUUGAGAGACUUACCGGUUUCAGAACCUGGAUCUAUUCGGUUCAGACUGAAGCUCACAACUCAGGGAGUGCUCCUAUGGUUUCUGAAACAAACUCUGCUUCUAAUGGCAAUUACGUUGGGUGAAGGAGCUUCUUCAUCUUCUGGUUUUGACCGUGGAUGGACUUAUGAUGUGUUCUUGAGUUUCAGAGGUGAAGAUACAAGGAGAAGCUUUACAGGAUUUCUGUAUCAUGGUUUGUGCCAAAGGGGUAUCAAUGUUUUCAUUGAUGAUGAGAAGCUCAGGAGAGGGGAAGACUUAUCCCCUGCUCUUCUUGGAGCCAUUCAAGAGUCUAGAAUUGCCAUCAUUGUCUUCUCUCAAAACUAUGCAUUCUCCACAUGGUGUCUUGAUGAACUUGCAAAGAUCAUUGACUGUUACAAAACCAGAGGGCAACUUGUGUGGCCAGUUUUCUUCCAUGUCGACCCUUCUGUGGUGCGCCAUCAGAGAGGAACUUUUCAAACAGCAAUGGCCCAACAUGAAGUCAGAUUCAUGGGUAAUGUCCAAAAGCUGCAGAAGUGGAAGAAAGCCUUGUUUGAAGCAUCCAAUUUCUCAGGUUGGACCUUAGAAAACGGGUAUGAAUUUCAGAUAAUCCAAGAUAUCGUUGAGGAGGCCUCUAGAAAGUUAAGCCACACCAUUUUGCACAUUGCUGAAUACCCAGUUGGAAUAGAGACUCGUAUAUCAGAAGUGAUGCCUCUUUUGCAGAUUGAACCGGGUGAAGAUAUUCGUGUCAUUGGGAUCUAUGGACUUGGAGGCAUAGGUAAGACAACAAUUGCAAGGGCAUUGUACAACAUGAUUGCAGGCCAGUUUGAAGCUACAAGUUUCCUUGCUGACAUAAGAGAAAGUUCAAGUCAAAGACAAGGGCUAGUGCAGCUUCAAGAAUCACUUCUUUUUGAUACUGUUGGGGACAAGAACAUCAAGCUGGGAAGCAUUUACAAAGGAAUCCCUAUUAUCAAGAAAAGGCUUUGUUGCAAAAAAGUACUUUUGAUCAUUGAUGAUGUUGACAGGUUGGAGCAGCUUCAAGCACUGGCAGGAGGACGCGAUUGGUUUGGUUUUGGAAGUGUGAUCAUCAUAACAACAAGAGAUAAGCACUUGCUGAGUGCUCAUCAGGUUGACAAAACCUAUGAGGUAAAGAAAUUAAACUAUGGUGAAGCUUUUGAGCUGUUCACUUGGAGUGCUUUCAAAAGGAAGACACCUGAUGCAGGCUAUUUGGAGGUUUCUAACCAUGUGGUUCUCUAUGCUGAGGGUCUUCCAUUGGCUUUGAAAAUAAUGGGAUCUAAUUUGUUUGGAAAAACAGUGGAAGAGUGGAAAUCUGCGUUGGGAAAAUAUGAGAAGAUUCCUAACAAAGAGGUUCAGAAUGUGCUAAGAGUAACCUAUGAUAAUCUAGAAGAGAAUGAGAAGGAAAUUUUCCUUGAUGUGGCAUGCUUCUUCAAGGGAGAGACAGUGGAAUAUGUAGAAAAAACACUGCAAGCCUGUGGUUUUUAUCCAACAAUUGGUAUCAGUGUACUUAUUGAUAGAUCUCUUGUUAGUGUUGAUGAAUAUAACAGGUUGAGAAUGCAUGAUCUAAUUCAAGACAUGGGUAGGGAAAUAGUUAGAGAAGUUUCACCUUUAGAACCUGGAAAAAGGAGUAGAUUGUGGUAUCAUGAAGAUGUUUUAGAAGUACUGACCGAAAAUAAGGGAACUUAUAGAAUUCAGGGCAUGAUGGUGGACCUCCCUGAUGGCUACAUGGUACACUUGAAAGAUGAUUCCUUCAAGAAGAUGAAAAAUCUCAAAAUUCUCAUAGUUAGAAAUGGAAACUUUUUUGGAAGCCCCCAACAUCUUCCAAACAACUUAAGGUUGCUUGAUUGGAUGAAAUAUCCUUCCUCUUUGCCAUCUAGUUUUCAACCAAAGAAACUUGUUGUACUCAACCUGUCAGGCAGUCGUUUCACAAUGCAAGAGCCAUUCAUGUAUUUGGAUUCCUUGACAUCUAUGGACUUGAGUUCCUGCGAAUUGUUGACAAAACUACCUGAAAUUGCAGGAGUCCCUAAUCUAACACAGCUAACUCUUGACUAUUGUACAAAUUUAGAAGAAGUUCAUGAAUCUGUUGGAUUCCUUGAGAAACUUGUUGAGUUUAGGGCUUAUGGAUGCACCAAGCUUAAGGUUUUUCCAAAUGCCAUCAGGUUGACAUCAUUGAGAAGUCUUAUCCUUAAUUGGUGUUCAAGCCUUCAAAAUUUUCCAGCUAUUUUGGGGAAAAUGGAUAACCUCAUUACCAUUUCUAUAGAAGGCACUGGUAUAAAAGAAUUGCCUCCUUCCAUUGGAAACCUUGUUGGUCUUCAAGAAUUAAGCAUGACAUCUUGCUUAAGCCUCAAGGAACUGCCUCACAACUUUGAUAUGCUUCAAAGUCUUACAAACCUUGAUAUGGAUGGCUGUCCACAACUCCGAAACUUUCUGACAAAGUUGGCAAACAUGGGAGAAUCUACACAUACCUUUGGCAACAUUUUGUCACUGAAUCUAGAAAACUGUGGCCUUAUAGAUGAAGAUCUUCCCAUAAUUUUCAAUAGUUUCCCAAAUUUAGCAUCAGCAGUACUCUCAAGAAAUAUUUUUGAAGCUCUUCCAAGCUGUAUACAACAAUGUCCUUGCUUGGAACUACUUCACUUGGACAACUGUAAAAAUCUCCAAGAAAUUCCAGCAUUUCCUCCUAACAUGCAGUACAUUAAUGCACAAAAUUGUACAUCAUUGUCAGUAGAUUCUUCCAAUUUAUUAUUGAACAAGGUUUUCAUCUUUUUUCUUAAAUCUUCCUACUUUGAAACUUUUGAGGGAUGGGAAUUACAGGCUAUGGUGCCUGGUACAGUGGUUCCAGAAUGGUUUGACCACAUCACCAAAGGAGAAUACAUGACAUUUUGGGUACGUGAAAAGUUUCCAGCUAUUAUCAUAUGCUUUGUUCUUGAGGUUGAAAGUGAAAUGAAGAAAAUUUUCAAUUGUGAAAUCCGCUUUUAUAUAAAUGGGGAAGAAGUUUAUGAAUUGGAAAUUCCAAGAGGCUUUUCAGAUAUGGUGACAGAUCAUGUGUGGCUCUAUGACUUGAGAACUCAUUCAUCCAUCAACUGGCGCAGUCUUGAUUUGUAUCUGAUGGAUGACUGGAAUCAGGUUGAGAUUUCAUGCGAGAAGAUAAGUGGAGCAUCAAAUGUAACUGUGAGUUGGUGUGGAGUUCAUGUGGUUAAGCAAGAAGCUAACAUGAAGGAUAUACUACUUACAGAUCCUGAUCCAGAUUUAGAUUCAGUUAUAGCUUCUGGAUCAAACACACUAGUUUUUGAUCAUCCAGUGAAAGCUCAACUACAAUCCCAAGUCACAAGCUUCAUACUACAGACACCUCAAAAUANUAUAUAA